AAGAGAGACCAAACCAAAGCAUCGGCUUCGGUCGAACUGUGGACGCCGAACCUGUUCCGUGCGGCGCAGCACAGGGUUAGACUUAGUUAGGUCGUUGCGGCCAGCCAGCAUCAGGUGCGGCAAUCGGAGGGGAGGGCUCGUCGGAGAUGUCGCAGAAGCGGCAGCCGGAGGAGGGCGAGCGCUUCCGCGGCGGCGGCGGACGGGCCGAGUCAGGAGGGAGCUCUUCCCCGCCCCACCUCCGCGGGGAGCCCAAGCGGCAGAGGGUUCCCGCCCUCCGCGAGGUCAUCACGGAGGUGAUGCGGAAGAGCAGCAUCGAGAAGCUCUUCAUGUCGAUCGAGCCCCUCAUCCGGAGAGUGGUGAAAGAAGAAAUUGAAUUGGCGCUCGCGAAUCAUGCCACUAUGAUGACAAGAAGUCCCACAUACAUCGUUCCGUCUACAUCAAAAAAAUUGCAGCUGCAGUUCACUACUAGGCUUUCUCUUCCAAUUUUCACUGGCUCAAAGAUUGAAGGCGAGGGUACCUUAACUCUAACUAUUGCUCUAGUCGACUCUUUUACUAGAGAAAUUGUAGCAUCAGGCAAGGAAUCCCUGUUGAAGGUUGAAAUAGUAGUUCUAGAGGGGGACUUUGAAGGUGGAGAAGGCAACGACUGGACUGCUCAGGAGUUCAACAAUAACAUUGUUAGAGAAAGAGAAGGAAAACGGCCAUUGCUUUCUGGAGACGUGUGUGUUGGACUUGACAGAGGCAUUGGUACAGUGGGAGAUGUAUCAUUCACAGAUAACUCCAGUUGGACACGCAGCCGAAAGUUCAGGUUAGGUGCAAGAACUGAGGAUGGUUGUUUUAGUGGCAUGAGAGUACGCGAAGCAAAAACUGAAUCAUUUGUGGUGAAGGAUCAUCGUGGAGAAUUGUACAAGAAGCAUCACCCGCCAGUUCUUGAAGACGAGGUUUGGCGUCUGGAGAAGAUUGGCAAGGAGGGAGCUUUCCACAAGCGUCUGAAUAAGGAGAAGAUAGUUACAGUCAAAGAUUUUCUUACCUUAUUAAAUCUUGAUGCUCCUAAGCUUCGAAAGAUAUUGGGCAGUGGCAUGUCAACUAAGAUUUGGGAGGUCACUGUUGAGCAUGCCAAGACAACAUGUAUUCUCAGUGACAAGGUGCAUGUUUAUUAUCUAGACAGCCUAAGCAAAACAGCUGUUGUAUUCAAUGCUGUUGGGCAAGUGAGAGGUUUCCUAUCAGAGAAGUUUGUUUCUGUUGAUGAUCUUACAGAGCAGGAGAAGGCUGAAGCACAUGCAGGUGUGAAACAAGCGUAUGAACAUUGGGAGAAUGUCUUGACCUGUGACGAUAAAACACUUUUGGAGAAUCCGUUACAACUCCUCGAUAUGAGAUGUCCAUCUUUGCAUGAAAAUGAAUAUUACCAGUUACCUACUGAAAAUGUCACUGAUGGUUUCGGUUUAAGCCACUUGGACAUACCAUCAGUUGACAUUUUCUCUGCCGAACCCUCUUGUGCCUUAGAUCCUUGUGCACUGGGAACUGCAGAAAACGGUGGAAAUGGAUUUCAGUCGGUGCUUCCUCCACUUGGUAGCCAUGGACAGCUUCAACAGUCACAGGCUUUAGACAGGUUCUCCAAUUCGUUGGUUUAUGAGGAGUCCACCAGUCAUCCUUCAUUCAGUGAAGACUAUUAUCCCUGCACAGAUCCUGCCGUAUCUUUCGACACCCAAGAUCUUGGUGCUGCAUUGAAGGGCUUCAUUGCGACUAUAUCAAAGCCCAAGCCUUACAGAGGAUGGAGGACACUGUCUUAUGUUUUAGGAUGGAUAUUCUACACCAGGAAAAUGGUUGCUCAAAAGAGAAAGAAACCCGGGAAAUGAUGGUUUUCAUUUUCAUGUGGUUGCUUAGUUAAACCGUGAAAUAUACAAGUGGAGGAAAGGAAUGUACAUAAGAGUGGUUGGUUAUCUUUCGAUCUUCCUUUUUUUUUUCCUGGAACAUGCUCUGCUAGUUUCUUGAGCCAUUUUAUCAUCAAGAGCUUCAGACGAAGCUUUGUGUACAUGGUGAAAUAUAUGCACAUAAUCUGUAAAUAUUGAUGACUGAUGAUGCUCUUUUGUGGUCUGUCAUCAGUAUAUAUUUAAGUUAUGCAAAAAGGGUGAAACUGGAGAAUGACAUUUUUUUAGAA